GCAAAUUAUUUUUUUCUUGUGUCAGAGUUUUUUUUUCACCAUUUUCUAAAAAGCGGAAAAAUCGAUUCUAAUUCUUGUGCCCUUGUAAAGUGUUAAGAACGUCAGUCAGUUGCAAAAGCUUAUACAUAAUAUACGGCAUAUAAAUUGUGGAACUCUUUUAAGUGAAGAUGGAUAUUUUACGGAAAAUGUUUAAAAUUACCGAAGGAGGCGAUCAUUCAAACAAUGAUAAGGAAAAAUCUACUUCCGAUGAGUUUCGUAAACCUCAAUGGUUUGAAGAAGCUGAAACCGAUGACGAACUUUUUGAUGAUAAUAGGAAAUUUGCUUUUCAAAUCUUUACUAAUCCCAUGGAGCUUCAAAAACAUUUUGAGAGUCAGAUGCAACAAGUUUUUGAAGCAAUCAGUCAAUUAGAAGAAAAUGGUGAAGGUUCUUUUAAUAAAAAUCUGAAGGAUGAAUUCUUGAAACCGGGCUAUGAAAAAAAUAUGAUGAAAGAAUUUGAAGAACAUAAGAAACGAUUUUUAGAUACUGACUUAGAUGGAGAAAAAGCAAACAUGGCACGAGAUAAAAUUUAUGCGGAUCAAUUGCAUUCACUCAUGCAGCGUUUAGCACCUGGUGACGUUCACCCUGAUAUCUUGCCCCCUAAUGACAAUUUGAAACGCCGUGUUAUGUUGAAGAAUAAACUAAGUGAUGAGGAAACAAUAAUGGGUAGAAUUCAUGGUACCCUAGUUGACGAGGAACCACGUCCGCGGGCUCGAACACGGCCUGAAAUGAUGACACCGAUGACGCCAAUGGUGCCGCGUAAUCCCACUUAUGGCGGAGGAGUCUUCGAUGGUACUUAUCAGGGGCCAAAAAUGUUUAGUCAAAGUGUUAUGACUAAAACUAUACGUAAGCCAGAUGGCACAUAUGAAACAACUAAAAUCACACAAGAUUCUCAGGGUAACAAGCGUACCACAAUUACACAAACUAAAAACGGACAAACUGAAACCAUUGCAUCAUUUGACGGUUCAACAGGACAAAACUCUGCAAAGCAAUUAAAUCCCACUGAACAAGUUUAUUCGGAUCGCAAUAUCUAUGUAACAAAAGAAGGUUACGCCAUGCCACGUAAUCUCUGGUGACCAGUGGUGCUUAAUCAACUGAACGUUGGCUUAAUAACUUUAAUAAAAAUUCAAAUUAUAAUUAUAUACUACAUUUAUAGAUUAUUAAAAAUUUGGUGUUUUAGAUGAAAACCAACUGAGACUACACACAACACCAGAUGAUGAUAGUAGCGAAAACAGAAAUUGCUGAUUGACAGUGCAUAUUAACUGAAUGUGCAUAUUGGAUACAACAAUUUGUUGUUGCAAACACUUAACGUGUAUACAAAUUUGGCAAUGGAUUGUCCUGCGUACCACGCAGUUCGGAUUGUUGUGAUUUUUGUAAAAAAAAAAACUUCUGUUCACACAAAUGAAACUUAUUUAUUGUAUUUUAUGAGAAUAUUUUCAUUUCUUACGAUUAAUUUAAAUUUGCUAACAAUUAUAGAUAUAUGUGUAACAUAGUCCUCUAUGUAUGUGUAUACACAUAUAUAUAUGUAUAAGAACUUAAGCAAAUCGUGAACACAUUGUUUUAUGCUGACUUUAUCUUUGCAUAAACUGAACUCCUCGACUUCCUUACCAUGAUUUUGUUUUCAAUAACAUAUCUCAAAAAAAUGUCAGCUUCUAUACUUAAAGAGUAGGACGCAGCUGGAGAAGAGUGCCGCGCGCAGCGACAAGUGUUUAAUUCUCUUUCAAAUAUAAGAAAUCUGCUUUAUUAGUUAUAGAUAAAUUUUAAUUUAAGUUUGAAGAUCAAUGAUCAAUGAAUACUACAUUUUUUUUUAGCAAGUAUAAUUGUAAAUUUAAGCAUAUUAAAUGCUUUAUUUAAAGAGCAAAGACAAGCAAAAUGAAUUGAUACGUUUCAGUUUCAGUCUCAGUCUCAGUGAAGUGCAUCUAAAAUACCAAAUAAAAUUAAGUAAAAAGACAUUAUUGUAAAACGUUUAUAAGCACCAGUAGAAAAUGCUUUGUAAUAGAUACAACAUACAUCACUUAAUAUAUUUAUUAAUAUCUUUCAAACUCUUAACCAAGCAAACUAAUAUUGUUUUCUUUUCUUAUUAAAUUAUAUACCAUACAUACUUAUAUAUACAAUAACUUCAAUUGACCCUUUCGACUGAAUACAGCCAAAAUUAAUUUAUUAUAUUAGCUUUUGAUUUAAUUAUAAAUUAUUAUAUUUAAUAUGCUUUCGAGUUUAUUAAUAUGCAUAUUUAGUUUAAGUAACUUGUGCACCCAAGAAGAUAUAUAUUUUGUUAAAGUUAUGGUUUUAAG